AUGGUUUUGGAAGGUGGUUCAAAUCCCAUAGAAACCAUCAAACACCUUGGGGAAUUUGACACAAUGUUGAAAACAGUUCUAUAUCCCAAAAACUACGAUUCAGUCUCAGGCUGGAUACCCGAUGUUGGCGAUGGAAGAGUUUUAAAAGACCCGGUUCCAAAUGAUGCAAAUGAAGAUAGAAUGAGAGCUAUUGCUCGAAACACAAUAGAAAGAGUAGGACGAGCAGGUAAUCACGGAUUUGAAAAACGGGUACUUCAGUACAAUAAUUACGUAAAUUGGAAGUUAUAUCCUUUAUUCGGUCUGUUGGAACACAGAAAAGUUUCCAUAGGGUUACCAUAUAAAAUGCAUCUACAAAGAGAAAUCAAUGAUGAUAAGAUACUCUUUGGAGAGAAUGCUUCAGAUGCAAAAUUAGAAAUAACGUAUCUCCAACUUUAUAUACUCGUAAUAACACCAUCAAUUGAAGUAGAAACGAGAAUAUUCAACUCAUUAACUAAAGAUUGA